AACGUGGAUGACACGCACUGGAAGGAGCCGAGUUCACCAGACUGAGCCACGGAGAUCGAGAAUCGUUGUCUUCUUCUUCUACACAGCCUCCAAGUCCAAACUUUGUUACGUCUCUCUCUCUCUCUCUCCUUUAGCUCCGUUUUGUCUGAUCUCGUCGGUGUCUGAAUCUCCCGGACUCGCUAAACGCCGAGAUCUCGUCCUCCACGUUUCUCAAGAUCCACCUAUGAGCUCUGACUUGAUCAGUGCAAACAGAUGGGAGCUGAGAAGAAAUGGCUAUUCACUCUCUUCUCUGUAGUGUUCCUCUCUGUCUUCCUCCUCUUACUACUCUACUCUCUCUCUGCUUUCACCUCUAAGCCUUUCCCUUCCCCUAUCCAUCACGGCCCUCAUCACCCGCCAUCUUUCGCUUACUACAUAACCGGAGGUCAUGGGGACGGUGACCGGAUCUUUAGGUUGCUCCUCGCGGUUUAUCAUCCGAGGAACCGGUAUCUUCUCCAUCUCGGCGCUGAAGCUACUGAAGCAGAGAGGCUAUCUCUUCUCUCCCGCUUGAAAACUGUCCCUGCUGUGAACGCCUUUGGGAACGUUGAUGUGCUGGGGAAAGUUGAUCGUCUCUCUGACAAUGGCGCUUCUAAAACGGCUGCUACUCUCCACGCUGUCUCCAUCUUGCUGAAGCUUGGUCGCUCUUGGAACUGGUUCAUUGAGCUUAGCGCCUUGGAUUAUCCCCUCAUUACUCAAGACGACUUGUCUCAUGUGUUUGCCUCGGUUAACAGAAGCAUCAACUUCAUUGAUCAUACUAGUGAUCUAUCUUGGAAAGAAUCUCAGAGAAUCAAACCUAUUGUUGUCGAUCCAGCACUAUACUUAGCAAGAAGAACACAGCUCUUCACUGCUACUGAGAAGAGACCAACACCAGAUGCUUUCAAAGUCUUUACAGGCUCGCCGUGGAUCGUACUAAGCAGAUCUUUCUUGGAGUAUUGCAUCUUCGGUUGGGACAAUCUACCGAGAAUCCUCCUCAUGUAUUUCAACAACGUGAUCCUCUCUGAAGAAUGCUACUUCCACACCGUGAUAUGCAACGCUCCCGAGUUUAGUAACACGACAGUCAACGGUGACUUGCGUUACAUGGUAUGGGACAGUCCGCCGAAGAUGGAGCCGCACUUCCUCAGCGUAUCGGAUUACGACGCAAUGGCUCAGAGCGGAGCAGCUUUCGCUAGGCAGUUCAAGAAAGACGAUCCGGUUUUGGACAUGGUCGAUAGAGAUAUCUUGAAACGUCGUGGACGUUACAGGGUGACUCCUGGCGCUUGGUGCGCGAGGCAUGGUAGUAGCUGGUGGUGGACUGAUCCUUGCUCGGAGUGGGAUGAUGUUAACGUGGUCAAAGGUGGACCUCAGGCUAAGAAGCUUGAUGAGACGGUAACGAAUUUUCUAGAUGAUUUGAGUUCGCAAACGAAUCAAUGCAAGUAGAAGAAAGGGGAAUGAUGGGGAUUUGUCGGAAUCGGAAUCAGUUAUACACACGACACGAGUUUUACAUUGUUUUAAUGUCUGUAAGGUUUUUAAUUCUUUGAGAGCUGAUUGUAUUUAUAAAGUAGCUGGUAUGUAUCAUUAGUUGUCGUCUACCUUCUUGUAUCUCCUGCAUAAACAGUGGUCUUCUUCUGAAAGGAGGACAUAUCUCUUGAGUCUUGGCUACUCUGCUGUAGAGUACAUUCUCUUCUGAAGAUAAAUUUUUCGGUUUUGGUUUA